GCUUCUGCUUCUGCUACUGCUCCUUACCUUCUUCCACCCACGACUACUUCCCUCGCGUCUGCAAUCGACCAUUGAUUCCCUCGAGCCGAUCCGAUCUCACCAUCCUCGCUGCCAACUGUCUUGCACUCUUUGGGCGUGUUGUGACGCGAGCUGCAACCCCCUCCUGAUCCUUGCGUCUCCCGACAGCCACCCCUCGCCUCAGAUUUGCUCCUCGACCCCUUGGAUCGUUUGACAGUUUUUAUUGCACGAGAUUCUGCCCUCCUAUACUCCAUACAUAUUCCAGGGUCACCGCGACAGUCUGUUGUAUCACCGGUCUGCGAAUCGACACCGUCUUGCAUUCCUCAAAUCCCAUCCAGCGCAGUUGACAGGUCGUUCAUCCUGACACAACCCCGAUACAUGACAGUGGAGAGAAGAUGACUACAUUGAAGGCGCAAAGUGUCCAAUGCUGAACGAGAUGCGUGACAAGUCUCCGCGGCAAUAUGCGCCAAAGUCAGCCCUCGAACAUAUUCAUUGCGCCUCUGCGCAUACACAAAAUUGGUGGUGACGACCACCAUGGCGCAUCCUACAAUGAAUCCAGUCCCACAACGCCCUUGGAUGCGGACACCCUGGACCAACUGGCUCCCACUCAUGCAAGAUUCCACAACUAUCUCCGAGCCCUCUACCCAUUCCAACCCUCGUCUCCCCACUCGACCGCUACCGUUACGCUUCCUCUCAAUGCCGGAGACAUCAUAUUGGUACACUCGGUGCACGUUAAUGGAUGGGCUGACGGGACUCUUUUGGAAACCGGUGCCCGCGGCUGGCUGCCCACCAACUAUUGCGAAGCCUACGACUACGCCGCCAUGCGACCCCUUCUCAAAGCUUUGACUGAAUUUUGGGACAUCGUGAGGUGUGGGAGCGACUCCAACUUGAAUCUAUUCCGCAACCAGGACUACAUGAGAGGCUUGGUAGCCGGAGUCCGUGCAUUGUUGGAACGAUCAGAAUGCCUUACACGAGAUGCCGCCUUGGUCAUACAACAUGAUGCCAUCCGCAGGUCUCGCAAGAGUCUCCUAUCAGAUCUGGCGUUGCUGGUCCGCACCGCCAAACAACUCCAACAGAUAGUGACGGUUUCUUCUUCACAUAAGGAUCUCGAUAUCAGGCUAGAUGACAUGCUUCUGAAGGCCUUUCGCAUCGUCACUCGAGCAGUGCUCUUCUUUGAUGUUUGGAGUGAGCAAAUCUCUGCAGCUAUUUCAAGCCCGCCCAGCGCGCAGGUGUCUCCAGCCGACUCAACAGCGGCUCUGCCAUCGCCAGGCUCCAGAAGGCCUCAGUCUACAGUUUUGCACAAGAGCGCGGCUCCUCCCGCUGCCACGUCCAGCAUGGUAUCCAAACGUAGCAGUGUCGGCCAAGUCUCUCAGAGCACUACUGUGCGCCGACAUUCGUCAACCACUCAUCGAAUGUCCUACACGCGAGGGACCGUCCAGAAGAACCCUAAUCUCAUUUCCCAAUACCUGCACAAGUCUUACGAUGACUUUUUGACCGUCCUAGCCUCGUUUCUGGGGUCUCACAUGCAAUCGAGGUCUUCCUCGGAACUGUUGUCGACUACACAGAACGCCGUUCGGUCCUGCCGUCAGCUCUUUGCCAUUGUUGAAACAGUCAUUGAACGAGAUUAUAGCACUUCUAGACCGUUGAUCCAGGCCAAAGAUGCCAUGUAUUACGCCAUCACCGAGCUGGUGCAUGCCGCCCGGCAAGUUUUCAAACCCAUUCAUUCUAUGGAAGAUGAGUUGGUCUAUCUACCAGAAGAGGCUCAGAAUCUCGUGCGAGCUGCUACCGCUUGUGUAAGCGCUGCAGGUCGAUGUGUCGCAAGGACGAAGGCAACACUUGAAGAGAUUGGUGAUUUCGAAGUGGAGAAUCCGGCACAGCUUGUGGGAAGAGGCUCCGACAGUUCCAACACACCCGACUCCACGAGUCACGAUGUCCGUUCCAGCAGUGUCGCUCGGUCCUCGGUGCCAGCACCAUCUGCGAGGGAUUCGUUCAAGCGACAACCAGACAAUCCUCGGAUUGCAGUGUCUCGAGGUAUGCUCACUCCUCCUCUCUCCUUGGACACUGCGGAUUCCCCUUCGACGGGCUCUGGCAGUAUCCCUCCUACCCCCAGAGAUGAUGUGAUUGCGGAUAUCAUUCGCUCCUCUCCCUUGCCGCCUGCAUCCUCACUCCAGCCAGACGUCAAUGCACGUGCGCCAGGCUCCUUUCAGCCAGGCCUUGACAAGAGGAAUCGGAAGUCGGUAGUUCUACCCGUUGCAGGUAGUACAGGUAGCGACAGCAGCUUAGAGGCGAGUCAUCGCCGGUCCGAUCCGAGCAAUCUAUCAAGCGCAUCAACGAGAAUUACAUCAAUGUACGGCGGUGGUUCUUUGGCGGAGUCUAUAUCUGCACAGUCGACCGCCGACGACCGUUCCUCUCUCGGAGAUGACGAGGACGCCGAGGCCGAAAUCCUGGCUCACACUUUUGCCCAGGAGCUCAUCUUUAAUCGGGAGGGAGUAGUCGUGGGUGGUACCCUGAAUGCCUUGGUCGAACGUCUGACAGCUCAUGACUCGACCCCGGAUGUGUCUUUCAUCAGCACCAUCUAUCUUACGUUUCGGUUGUUUGCUCAACCUGAAGAAUUUGCCUCGGCGCUGGCAUAUCGGUUCGACUACGUGGCCGACAACUCAAGAAUUGCCAAUCCAGUGAGGCUAAGAGUGUACAACGUCCUCAAGGGUUGGAUGGAAUCCCAUUGGAGACAUGAUUGUGAUGACACAGCUCUCCCAAUCAUCGUCGGACUCGCAAGAGAAUCAGUGAUUCCGGUCCUCCCAAUGGCGGGCAACAGGAUUCUCGAACUGGCGGAGCAGGUCUCGUCGGCCACCGGGCCUAUUGUUCCCAGGGUAGUAUCAGCAAUGGGCAAAACCAGUACCUCUUCUGGAGCCUAUAUCGACCCGAACUCGCCGUUACCGAAUCCGAUCAUAUCCAAGAGUCAACUUACUGCGUUGAGGAUGUGGAAAAUGGGGGGUGCUAGUGUCAGCAUUCUCGAAUUCGAUCCUCUCGAGCUUGCUCGUCAGAUCACACUGAAGACUUCCAAAAUCUUCUGUUCAAUCCUACCAGAAGAACUCCUUGGGACGGAAUGGACCAAACGUAGCAGUUCUCUGGCCGUCAACGUCAGAGCCUUAUCGACACUGUCAACGGACAUUUCAAACCUCGUUUCAGAUUCCGUUCUUCAGCUCGAAGAGCCGAAAAGGCGGGCUGCUAUUGUCAAGCAAUGGGUCAAGAUUGCGAAUCGGUGCUUGGAACUGCACAACUAUGACGCUCUCAUGGCGAUCGUCUGUGCUUUGGACUCGACCAACAUCAAGCGCAUGAGAAAAACUUGGGAAGGUGUACCUCAGAAGACAAAAUCCGUUUUUGAAGAGCUCUGCAAAGUGGUGGACGUGUCCAAAAACUACUCCGUAUUGCGGCAACGAGUCCAAUCGCAUCUCCCACCCUGCCUACCAUUCAUCGGUGUCUACCUGACCGAUCUUACUAUGGUUGACUCUGCAUAUCCUGCCACACGACCCCUGGCAACUGACCGAGGGAAGAUAUCAGUCAUCAACUUAGACAAACACAUGAGCACAGCCAAGAUCAUAUCCGACCUCCAGCGGUUCCAGAUCCCCUACCGAUUCGCCGAGAUUUCCGAGCUGCAGACUUGGAUGCAAGAUCAGUUAGUCCGUGUUCGAUCGGCUGGCGAAAAGAGCUUUCAGAUGCAUUACCGACGUUCCCUGAUCUUGGAGCCCAGAGAGCCCAACAGAAGUCCGAAUCCUGAUGCGCCACAGUCCGCAAAAGACAAGGAUAAAUUCGACUUCCUCAACUGGACCCAUCUACUUCAGAAAGAUAAACCUAUGCCGGUAUCAAGUUGAUUGUGCCGUCAGUCAGUGGGCUCACCCUCUCAGACAGACCGACAAUAGUUUGAUGGUCGAAAUUUCCUUUCGUUUCUCUCUUUGUGCACCUUUAGCGUUUGGAGGUUUCUUACGAUAUUUAUGAUACCCAGGGCGGCUCUUUGUUCACGGUUCGGAAACUCUGUCGCAAGCGGGUGAAUUGUGCUAUUGUGGAUUUAUUCCAUGGCUGGAGCGUUGUGCGCAUUCAACCCAGCAUGGUUUGCAGUGGCAUGGCUAUAUGCCCGGAUUUAUUGCUCGCAGUGAAGGGGCCUCUGCAGGAUUUAUUCCGUCAAUCGGCUUGGGUGUCCGGCCGCAUGUCGUUCCCUUGCCCUGUCGAUCGCAGCUCGUGGCAUUCUUUAUGGAGGAUCUAUCCAGGCAUAGCCAAAAGCGCUUGUUUCGACAUCAAGGCAUGGAUUUUAUAUGUUCGAUUAUGGAUGGCUUGUAUCGAGGUAUUGGUGUACAGUCCCAGGAGGUAGGGGUAAUGAAUGAAAAGUCCAGCCACGCACGCAUUACUUGUUGUGUAUCAUGAGAUAUUCGAAGCAGUUUUGUUAUACC